CUGUCGCGAGGUUACUACAGGUCACUGGUAGCGUCGGCCGGACUUAGAGCGAAUCACGUAGCGGGAGGGAGCUUUUCGCCUCUCGCCUCUCGCCUCUCGCCUAAAGGACACAACGCACCAUUCUGCCUGUGCUGAGUCCUCAACAGCAAAAGAUGUCCACCUCUAUAAGCAAAGUCAAUGGACUUGUGGUGGUCACCCACAUCUUUCCUCAAGGAGAGGAGUCUAAAGACUCCAUAGCAAUGACAUCGGCUCCUUGUAAAAUGGAGCGAGCUCUGAAUGCGGAGCCCGAGGGUCAGGUGCCAGUCGUUGCAAUGACAAAACAGUUCCUCAGAGGUCAGCCCAUACCACUUGGAACUGUCCAGAUCUGUAUUGGAUUUGUGACAAUGGCCAUUGGCCUGGUUGGAAUUCUCACCUUCUUCCAUGGACUGAUACCAGUAAUCGCUGGAGCAACGUUUGUAAUUUCAGGAGUCGUAACUGUUGCCUCACACAAGGGAAAUAGUGCCAGUCUGAUCAAAGGAACACUGGCUAUGAACCUUCUAAGUGUUGUGAUGGCAGUGGCCGGUGUGGUGUUCUUCUGUAUGAUGCUGAGUGAGAGUCCACAUAUUAUUGAAUGCCCUGAUAUAUACAGGUACUCCUCAUCAUCCUGGGAAUGCAGGGAAUUGUCAUGGCAAAAAAUGCAAUUCCUAUAUGGCAUUAAUGGGCUGCUGCUGGUCAUGAGUGUGCUGGAGGCCUGUGUUGCUCUCUCACUUUGUGUGUUUUCCUGCAUGGCCAUCCACCAAGCCUCAAGCAGUCAGCAGGUGGUGGUGAUUGAGAAAGGGCUUGCGGAGUCAGCUUCUAUCAGUGGCAGUGACGUGGCUCUGCUGGGCAGUGAGGGUGAUCUUGGGUCCGCCCCUACCUGCGUGGCCUGAGGACAAAUAAGGAGCCAUUUCUGAAACCACUUCUUUUAACUUUCUGCAGCAUGUCUUAUUUACCAGGACAGGUUCUAUAUCAAGGUGGCUUUUUGUUUUUGCUCUCUUUCACAUAAUCUUUAAGCUUUAAGUAAUCUGUCACAGAAUUGUCUUUGGCACAUUUAUAUAUUCACACUUUAAAAUACAACUUUCUCUUAUAGUGUGACGACUAUUGGCUGCAGAGUCAGUGUGGCUUUUUUCCUGUAUCAUUGAAUGGAUUAAUUUUGUAAACCAUAAAUGCACAAAUAAAAGUUAUGUCUACAUGCAUUAUUUUCUUAUACCUUUUUGGAUAAAUUUAUAUAUGGCCUGAAAGGCUUGUGUUUAAUAACAGUAAUAAAAAAAACUUUUUUUUGUAUUUUGCAUACAUGACUUAAAGAGACAACAUCCACCUGAGCAACUG